AUGAAAAUCUCUCAAAAACUCGCCCAGGCUCAUUCCGGGUCUCAGGCUUCCAGACCAACCUACUCUUUCGAGUACUUUGUCCCAAAAACUACCCAAGGUGUCCAAAACCUUUACGACCGUAUGGACCGCAUGUACGAUCUCGGACCUGCCUUUAUUGACGUCACUUGGAAUGCCGGUGGAUCUACUGAAUCCCCUUCUGCUAAUAACCUCACCACAGAAAUCGUAGCAACAGCACAAGGUAUCCUCGGCCUAGAAACUUGUAUGCAUCUCACUUGUACUGGUAUGCCAAAGGAAACAGUCGAAGCCGCUCUUGAACAGGCUUACAAGGCUGGAUGCCAAAACAUCCUGGCUCUCCGUGGUGACAAGGCUGAAGGUAAAUCAGACUCAGACUCUGAUAAGGAUACCUUUAUCUAUGCAAAGGACCUUAUCCGCUUCAUCCGCAACAAAUAUGGCGAUUACUUUGAUAUUUGCGUCGCAGGUUACCCAGAAGGCCACCCAGAGGAACCCGACCCUAAAGUCCUUAUCAAGUACCUCAAGGAAAAAGUCGACGCAGGUGCAAACUUCGUCAUCACCCAAAUGUUUUACAAUGUCGAUACCUUCCUCUCUUGGGUCCAGCAAUGCCGUGAAGCUGGAAUUAAUGUCCCAAUCAUUCCAGGAAUUAUGCCUAUCUCCACCUACGCUUCAUUCCUUCGCCGUGCAAACUGGUGCCAGGUUGAUAUCCCUAAACAUUUCCUCGAGGCCCUCGAACCCAUCAAGGGUGAUGACUCUGAAGUCCGUGAGGUUGGUACCCAGCUCGUCGCUGAUAUGUGCCGUAAAAUGCUUGCAAAUGGCAUUACCCAUCUCCAUUUCUAUACAAUGAACCUUGAACGUGCUACCAUUAUGAUUCUCGAAUCUCUUUCUCUUCUUGAACAAUCCCCAGCUGUUACUCCUCAAGAAGAACGUCCUACCUCUUCUUCCUCCGUCUCAUCAUCCUCCUCUCUCAAGGUUAAUAACCCACCACUCCCAUGGCGCCAAUCCCUUGGUCUCACCCGUAAAGAGGAAUCGGUCCGCCCCAUUUUCUGGAAAAAUAGAAAACAUUCCUAUGUCGCCCGUACUCAAGAUUGGGAUGAAUUCCCCAACGGCCGCUGGGGUGAUUCCCGUUCUCCAGCUUAUGGUGAGCUCGAGCGCUACGGUGGUGUCAUGCGCCACUCCUCUGCCCGUGCCCGUGAAAUCUGGGGACAGCCUGCGUCUUACCGCGAACUUGCAUCCACUUUUGUCCGUUACAUUAAUGGCAAAACCUCCUCUCUCCCAUGGUCUGAUUCCCCCAUUUCCGCCGAGGUUGAUGAAAUUAAACCCCAGCUCAUUGAUCUUAACACCCGUGGCAUUCUCACAAUCAACUCCCAACCUUCUGUAAAUGGUGUUCCCUCAAACCACCCUGUCCAUGGAUGGGGACCUGCCCAUGGCUAUGUCUAUCAAAAGGCCUACCUCGAACUCUUGGUUCCUGAAUCCCUUGCUGAUAAAAUCAUUGCCCAAAUUACUCAGGACCCCCAGAUUACAUACUACUCGGUCGACAAUGCGGGUCAUCUUGAAACAAAUGCCCCGGAAAAUGGCGGCCCCAACGCUGUCACAUGGGGUAUCUACCCUGGCCACGAGGUAAUCCAACCUACAAUUGUCGAAAAGAUUUCAUUCUUGGCUUGGAAGGACGAAGCUUUCAAGUUGGCCCACGAAUGGGCUCGCUGCUGUGACAAGGACUCUGCAGCCCAAAAACUUCUCAACGAAGUUGCGGACCAAUGGAGACUAAUCAACAUUGUUCACAAUGACUUCCAGUCCUCCAACAAGAUCUUUGAAGCUCUUGCCGGCAUUUCUGCAUUUUAA